AUGACGAGGGGGAGAUCUGAUCUGUCUCAAAAGAAGCGUAUAAUCACAUCUCUCUGUGUUUUGGGAAUCUUUCUUGGUUUCCUGUAUGUAUAUCAUGGAUCCAUUUUUGGCUCUCAAAGUCAUGGUGCAUCAGCACUAGAAUAUGGUAGCAGAUCCUGGAGAAAGCUCGGUUCAUCUUAUUUGGGAGGGGAUGAAGAUAAUGAUAGCAAGCAGGAUGAAUCUUCAACAAAAUAUGGGCAGGAAGAUGGAGAGGAGGAUGUCAUUAUGAAGAGCUUCCCUGUUUGUGAUGAUCGGCAUUCAGAACUUAUUCCCUGCUUAGACAGAAAUCUUAUAUACCAAAUGAGACUGAAGCUGGACCUGUCUUUGAUGGAGCACUAUGAGAGACAUUGCCCUGCUCCAGAAAGGCGGUACAAUUGCUUGAUUCCUCCUCCACCGGGGUACAAGGUCCCAAUCAAAUGGCCCCAAAGCAGAGAUGAAGUUUGGAAAGUAAACAUACCUCAUACUCACCUUGCACAAGAGAAAUCUGACCAGAACUGGAUGGUUGUAAAAGGUGAAAAGAUAGUGUUCCCUGGGGGAGGCACACAUUUUCACUACGGAGCGGAUAAGUAUAUUGCUUCAAUUGCAAAUAUGCUCAACUUUUCAAAAAACAAUUUAAACAAUGAAGGAAGGUUACGAACAGUUUUUGAUGUUGGUUGUGGAGUUGCAAGUUUUGGAGCCUAUUUGCUAUCGUCUGAUAUCAUAGCAAUGUCCUUGGCACCCAAUGAUGUGCAUCAAAACCAGAUCCAAUUUGCUUUAGAAAGAGGAAUUCCAGCAUAUCUUGGUGUUCUAGGGACCAAAAGGCUUCCUUACCCAAGCAGAUCCUUUGAACUUGCUCACUGUUCCCGUUGUAGAAUUGAUUGGCUUCAAAGAGAUGGGAUCCUUCUUCUUGAGCUGGAUAGGUUGCUCAGACCAGGAGGCUACUUUGCAUACUCAUCUCCAGAAGCAUAUGCACAAGAUGAGGAGGAUCUUAAAAUAUGGAGAGAGAUGAGUGCCCUUGUGGAACGCAUGUGUUGGAGAAUAGCUGCAAAGAAGAACCAAACUGUCAUUUGGCAAAAACCACUAACAAAUGACUGUUAUAUGGAAAGAGAACCUGGUACUCAACCUCCUCUCUGCCGAUCUGAUGAUGAUCCGGAUGCAGUAUGGGGUGUGCCAAUGGAAGCUUGCAUCUCAACAUACUCUGAUCAUGACCAUAGGGAAAAGGGGAGUGGUUUGGCUCCCUGGCCAGCUAGAUUGACAGCUCCUCCUCCUCGACUUGCUGAUUUUGGCUAUUCAAAUGAAAUGUUUGAAAAGGAUACGGAACUUUGGCGACACAGAGUUGAGAAUUAUUGGAAUCUCUUGAGUCCAAAGAUCGAAUCAAACACUCUGAGGAAUGUGAUGGAUAUGAAAUCAAACAUGGGGUCCUUUGCAGCUGCUCUGAAGGACAAGGAUGUUUGGGUGAUGAAUGUUGUCCCUGAAGAUGGACCAAAUACACUUAAGCUGAUAUAUGACAGAGGCCUUAUAGGCUCCGUUCACAGCUGGUGUGAAGCCUAUUCGACAUACCCCCGCACUUAUGAUUUACUCCAUGCUUGGACUGUAUUCUCUGACAUAGAAAAGAAAGAAUGUAGUGCUGAGGAUCUGUUGCUUGAGAUGGAUCGCAUACUCCGGCCUACUGGUUUUAUAAUCAUCCGUGACAAACAAUCAGUGGUAGAUUUCAUUAAGAAGUACCUAACGGCAUUGCACUGGGAAGCAGUGGCAGUAGCCGACUCCAGUAUGGAUUCAGACCAGGAUGGAGACGACGUUGUGUUUAUUAUCCAAAAGAAAAUAUGGCUGACAAGUGAAAGCCUCAGGGAUUCGGAAUAG